AUGUUGAAAUCAUUCCAAUCAUCUUGGUUGUCUCGCAUUGGUUUACUUUAUGUAGCCAUUGUCAUGUUAAUACCUUUAUUAGCUUCAAAUGGUCGUAAUGGUCCAUUUGCCGUUGCUGCUGAAACAAAUGAUUCAUCUGCUCAUGAAAGUUAUGGAACUGUCAUUGGUAUUGAUUUAGGUACCACUUAUUCUUGUGUUGGUGUUAUGAAAAAUGGUAAGGUUGAAAUCUUGGCUAAUGAUCAAGGUAAUAGAAUUACUCCAUCUUAUGUCUCAUUUAAUGCUGACGAAAGAUUAGUUGGUGAUGCAGCUAAAAAUCAAGCUGCAUCAAAUGUUAAUAAUACUGUUUUUGAUAUUAAGAGAUUAAUUGGUUUAAAAUAUAAUGAUGAAACUGUUCAAAAAGAACUUAAACAUUUACCAUUUACAAUUGAAAAUCAAAAAAAUAAACCAGUUGUUAAAGUUCAAUAUAGAGGUGAAGAUAAAACUUUUUCUGCUGAAGAAAUUUCUGGUAUGAUUUUAGGUAAAAUGAAAUCAAUUGCUGAAGAAUAUUUAGGUAAAAAAGUUACUCAUGCCGUUGUUACUGUUCCAGCUUAUUUCAAUGAUGCUCAAAGACAAGCAACUAAAGAUGCUGGUACUAUCGCCGGUUUAAAUGUUUUAAGAAUUGUUAAUGAACCAACUGCUGCCGCAAUUGCCUAUGGAUUAGACAAAGAUGAUAAAGAAAAACACAUUAUUGUUUAUGAUUUAGGUGGAGGUACUUUUGAUGUUUCUUUAUUAUCUAUUGAAGGUGGUGUUUUUGAAGUUUUAGCUACUGCAGGUGAUACUCACUUGGGUGGUGAAGAUUUCGAUUUCAAAUUAGUUAGAUAUAUGGCUAAACAAUUCAAGAAGAAGCAUGGUAUUGAUGUUACUUCUAAUCCUAAGGCUAUUGCCAAAUUAAAGAGAGAAGCUGAAAAGGCUAAAAGAACUCUUUCUGCUCAAAUUUCUACUAGAGUUGAAAUUGAUUCAUUUGUUGAUGGUAUUGAUUUCUCAGAAACUAUUUCUAGAGCUAAAUUUGAAGAAUUAAACAUGGCUGCUUUUAAAAAGACUUUAAAACCUGUUGAACAAGUUUUGAAAGAUUCUGGUAUUAAGAAAUCCGAAAUUGAUGAUAUUGUUCUUGUUGGUGGUUCUACUAGAAUUCCAAAGGUUCAAGAAUUAUUAGAAGGUUUCUUUGAUGGUAAGAAGGUUUCUAAAGGUAUUAACCCAGAUGAAGCUGUCGCUUAUGGUGCCGCUGUUCAAGCUGGUGUUUUAAGUGGUGAAGAAGGUGUUGAUGACAUUGUCUUAUUAGAUGUCAAUCCAUUAACUUUAGGUAUUGAAACUUCUGGUGGUGUUAUGACUACUUUAAUUAAGAGAAAUACCGCUAUUCCAACUAAGAAAUCUCAAAUUUUCUCUACUGCUGCCGAUAAUCAACCAACUGUCUUGAUUCAAGUUUAUGAAGGUGAAAGAACAAUGGCUAAAGAUAACAACAAAUUAGGUAAAUUCGAAUUAACAGGUAUUCCACCAGCUCCAAGAGGUGUCCCACAAAUUGAAGUUACUUUCUCCUUAGAUGCCAAUGGUAUCUUAAAGGUUGAAGCCACUGAUAAGGGUACUGGUAAAUCCGAAUCUAUCACCAUCACUAAUGACAAGGGUAGAUUAUCUAAGGAUGAUAUUGAUAGAAUGGUUGAAGAAGCUGAAAAGUAUGCUCAACAAGAUCAAGAAUUAAAGGAAAAGAUUGAAGCUAGAAAUUCAUUAGAAAACUAUGCUCAUGUCUUAAGAGGUCAAUUAAAUGAUAAAUCUGAAACUGGAUUAGGUUCUAAAUUAUCUGAAGAAGAUAAAGAAACUUUAGAUGAUGCCAUUAAGGAAACUUUAGAAUUUAUUGAAGAUAAUUAUGAUACUGCCACUGCUGAAGAAUUUGAAGAACAAAAACAAAAAUUAAUCGAUGUUGCCAACCCAAUCACUUCUAAAUUAUAUGGUGCUGGUGCCGGUGGUGCUGGUGGUGCUGGAGGUGCCGGUGGUGCCGGUGCUAAAUUCGGUGACGAUGAUUCUGAUGAUGAAUUUGAACACGAUGAAUUGUAA